AUGAAUGAAAUAACAGAGUUUACUAUUCUUUAAUUGAAAAGUUAAUUGGAAAGUUCAUUAGAAAACACUGGGUCUUAAUCUAAAGAAAGCUUAAAAUUAUUACUAUAAUAUAGUAGAAUGCUUAGCAGUUAUGCAGAAUAGCAAACUAAUAAUAAAGCUAUUACAAUUCUGAAUCAAGGUAAUAUUUAUUUGUCAAUUAUUAUUUAAGCUUUUAAAAUGUUAUUACCUGAUAAACCUCCAAAACUCUUAAGUAUUUAAUUCUAAUACUGGAGAUUAUUGAUUAUGACUGCUAUUAAAUUAUGUAAAGCAUUAGAGAUUAAUGGGUAGUUGCAGCAAGGCUUAAAUGUAUUGAUAUAGAUUGAGAACAUUACCAAAUAAUAUAAUAAAUCACUUGAAUGGGCUUAAAAUGUAGAAUUGGAGUAUCUUUAUUAUCAUUUGGCCAUAAUCUGGGAAAAAUUAUAAAAUAAAGAAAGAACUUUUUAUGCUGCUAAUGAAUGUAUUUUACUACUUAAAAGUAAUCUCAAAAAUAAAGCAGAAUAAAAACAAAUACAUAUGAUAGCUGAGAUGCUUAAAUUAUAAUCAUAAACAAAAAAUUCAAUUCAUCAAUAAUUAUCUUACUUUAAUUAAAUACAAUUUUAUUAAUCUAAAUAUUUGGGAGACAAUCAUAAAGAGACAAUAAAAACAAUAAUGAGAAUAAAUUAACUUAAAUCUGAAAUUCAAUUUGAAAAAGAAAUAGAAGAAUUCAGUAAAGAAGAUUUUAAGAAAAAAAUACCUUUUUAAGAAGUCUCAUAAAUAGAUUUUUAUGGAGAGGAAAAAUCAUUUAAUUUAGAAUAAUAAUAAUAAUAAUAAUAAUAAUAAUAAACUAAAUAAUUUGAUUCUAAAGAAUAUUUAAGAUAAAGAUUAUUUAAUUAAUAAAAACAACUUGUUAUACAUGCUAAAAAUAAUUCUCAAUCAAAAUCAUCUCUACGAAUAAGUCAUUAAUCAAAGAAAAGUUUAGAAGAUUUUAAAAGAUUCACAGAUACUAAAAUUAAUUUAAAAAUUAAUUCUAGAACAUCUAGUUCUGGUGAUAAUAAAUUUUAUUAUUUUUUAAAUGUUAACAAUUUACAGUAAUUAUUAUUUUCAUUAUUAGAGGGAGAACAAAAACUGAAACUACAUAGUAUAGAACAACCUAGAGUAAAAAUUAAGAUAGAUUAACACCAUAAGGAAUUCCUAGUUAAUAAUUUAGAUGUAAAACUAAUAAAUCUAAUGUAUCACUUAAUAAUACCUAAAAUUAAUAAGAGUUGAAUAGUGGCAAAAAUGUAAAGGAUGAUGUAUUUAAAGAUUUAAUGACUUAAAGACCUAAGAGUAGUAUAGCUUAAUAGAGAUUAGCCAAACAAUUAUAAAUGACAAUAGGACAUUAAGUUAUAGUUAAUAAAAAGUCAUCUUAAUAAAUAUAAUUAAGCAAUUCAAAGCCUGUUGAAAGAAUGUUAAAAAAAUUAAAUACUUAAGAAUUAAACCUAAAAAAAAGAGUAUUAAAUUUAUAAUAGCCAAUAUAACAUUCUGAAGUGAGUACUAAAAAAUCAAAUUAAGCUUAAGAAAUAGUUUUUGGCCCUUAAUCUUAAAAAUCAAUUAAUUUGGUAACAUCUGGAGGUACAUUAUAUGUUUUUAAUAAGAUGAUCAUACUUAAAAGAGGAGUGAUCUUGAUUAAUUUGAAUAUAAUUUAGAGAAAAUAAUUAAAAUUUAGAGAUUCUUUAGAUUUAAAUUAAAAUAAUUUCAUAAUUAUGAUAUAAAGCAUGAAAAAAUAAAUUUGAAUAAAUUUAGUGUAGGAUUUGUUCAUGAAGAUGAAGAUAAAUUUGCUGAUAAAACUCCUGCUUUACGGGGCAAAUCAAAUAAUUUUAAAUUUGCCUAUUAAAGGAGUAACACAUCUUCAGUAGAAUCUAUUAAAUUUGCUAGCAAGAGAGAUAAUUUUUUAUAGCCAUAAUUAUUCUAAUACAAAUAAAAGGAUCAUUCAUUUAAUAGUUAAGCAAGUAGUAAAUUAAUAAAUCAAAAAUCAGGAAGCAAUAGUUAGAUAAAGUAAAAUUAGUAAAUAAUAACAUAGUGAAUAAUCCUCAGAAUCUUUAUAAGAUUUUGAAUAACUAGUUUUAAAUAUUGACAAAAAAUGGUUUUAUGAAGAGUAUAUUUAAGGUUAAUGUUUCUUUUUUUGUGAUGAUCAAGCAGAUUAAAUUAUGAGACUUUUAAAAUUUAAAGCUAAAUUUCUACAUUAAAAUGAGGAUGAUAAUAUUAGUCUCUAAUGUGAAUUAGAAAUAGAAAAAGGUUUUCAAUCUCAUAUUAUAAUACUUCCAAUAAUUUUAUCAAUGAAGAAUUGGAAAUUGUAUGCAAAAAUGAAAGGUUUAUAAUUCUUUUUAAAUUUAUUAAAAGAAUUUGUAGAAUAAAAUUUCCCAAUAAUUCCUUAAACAACAAAAAUUCUCAUUUAUAAAGGUCAAUACUUUGAUAUGCUUUUAGAAUCGAUUAUAUAAUUAAUUUCAGUGAUAAUGAAGAAUAUAUGUAGUGAAAGAAAGUUAGUAGGAGUAAAGUUGUAUUAUACAAAAGAUGUUUAAAUAAAGAAAAAUAGAAAAAUGAUUUAAUAAUAUUAUUAAAAAUAGAGACAAGAGCAGAGAUAAUAUUAUUUUAAGUCAUUAUAAUUUUUUAUGAAUCACUAUGAUAUAAGAAUAAACAAAAGAGCAAGUUCAAUAGAUUUAAAUCUUAAAGGUUUGAUGGGCAAUGAUAUAGCUAAGUAAAAGUUAAAAGCUGCUGAAAAUGCUGUAUUAUUUGCAAUUAAAGCUAAAACAUCAAUUUAAAAUUAACCUCCUAAACCACCUGUUAUUCCUUUGAUGUUAUUUGAUGAUGAUAAUGUUUAAUCUCCUUAAAUAUUGGAAGUAUCUAUGAGAGAUCCUGAUGUUAAUAGAAUGUAAUUAAAAAACAUUAUUAAUCCUUAAAAAAGAAGAUAAUCAAUUUAAGAGUAAGAAAUGAACAGAUUCAGUAAUCUUUUUCAAUAAAAUUAGAAAGUACAUCAUUAAAGAAAUCAUUCUAAUUUAACACCCAAAAAGACAUCUGAGAGUAUUUUUAAAAAGACAUUCACAAUUGAAACAAAUCUAUUAUAAUAAAAAAUUUUAACUCGUCCUUAAACUAUAAUUUAAUAAGUUGAUUAAUCAUUUUCAAGCAAAUCCUAAUAAUCUUAGACAUCUUCUAAUAAUUAAUCAAAAGAUCAUGAUUUAUAACCACCAUCUAUAUCACAUAGUGUAUCAUUAAGUUAAUAACCUCCUCCUUCAUUUAAGAAAAAAAAUGUUGGAAAUGUUUCAUAAUCUUAAUAAGGAAAUACAACAAAUUCAGUUUAAAAUUUACUUGAUACAUAAUAAAAUUUAGUUGCCCAUUAAUUAUUUGAUACAUAAGCUUUAGAAGGUUUGGAGUUGAUUCCUGAACAAGAAAAUGAAUUGGAGUAGAAAAUAAUAACUAUAUAUUAAAAAGAUGAUCAUUUUACAGUAUCACCAUAAUGGAAGAUAAAAAGGAAGGCUACUAUUCAUAAUUUUUAAUUUGAAUAUUUUUGGAAUUAACACAAAUAAUAAAAAAAAGUAUUUUAGAAAAUUUAUAAUAAUCCUUUUAAUAUAAAAGAAAUAUUAAUGGUUGGAACAUAAUAAAUUGAUAAGUAAUAUUUUUUAAUAAGUGUGACAUAAAUAUUAAAAGAAUAGAUUUAAAUAUUUAAUCAAUCUGUAUUAAAUAAUAAAGAAUUAGUUAAAAUUCAAAUAACAUAUCGUUUAGCAUAUCCAUAUGAUAAUAUAUGGUAAGAUAGUAUAGUAAUUAAAUUUAAAGAAUUUAUAAAAUGGUUUGUACCAGAUUUUGAAUUAUCUAGUUAUAUUUAAUAUUUUGGAUUGAGUAAAAAUUAAAAGAUUCAAGCUUUGUCUUAUUUAGGUCGUUAUGCACACAUAAAAGAAUCAAAAAUUAAAUUAGAAUAUUAUGAAGAAAAGCGUAAUAAAAAUAAAAUCAAAUAACAAUAAAGGAGGGAUAUUGAAAUCUCAAGAAUGAAAUAAAUUGAAAGUAUGUUAAUCAGAGAUAACAUGGAUUUAUAUUACAUAUAAAUUUUAGGAUUGAAUAAUUUAUAUUAAGAAUUAUUGAAGGAAAGAAAGAUAUUAGAAGAGAAAAUAAAAAGAAAAGAAGAGAGACUAAGACUUUUUCUUUAAUUAACUGAUCCAAAUAAAUUAGACCCAACAACUUAGUAACCAAAAUAUAUUGGAUAUGAUUAUGAUGGUGAUUCUGAGGAAAAAACAAUUUAAGUUCCACUUAAUCUUUAAAUGUAAAUUUUAAAAUCAUAUAAUACUGUUGUUUAUUUGAAAUAAUAAAAAUAAAUAAUUAAGAUACAAUCUACUUAUUUAAUUUGGGAAGGUGACAAUAUCAAGAUGUGGAGACCAUUCUAAAGAAAGAUUUGGCAAUAGGUUAAGAUUGAAAAUAAAGAUAAACUUAUUAAUGCUAUUCAAUGUAAAUUAAGAAAUUAUAUACUUAAAUAAAUUAUAGUAAAGAUAUUAAGUUUAAAUGGUAAGAAAUAUAUAAUAAAAUAAUAAAAAUAGUUUGUAUAAAAUAAUUCCUCAUAAGAUCUACUUUAUUAAUAUUUUUAAUUAAAAUAAUUUUCAAAUUAGUAAUUUUAUAAGUUUUUAAGUAUAUUACGUGUUUAAUUAUUGUAAUUAGAUGAUUGUUCACACUUAUGGAAUUCAUAUUUUAAAUAAUAUAAAUAAUUAUAACAUUGUUAUAUUUCUUAAAUUGGGGAUUGUUUAUUAGAAAUUAUUGUAUUAAUUGAUAAUUUUGCAUAAGUGUUAAAUUAAAAUUUGAAUAGAUAUGUAUUUAUAAGAAUCAAUAUUUAUGAGAAAUAGAAUAUGAAAACAAAAAUGCAUAAAUUAGUUUUAACUCUUGAUGAUUUACAUAUAACAUCAAAGAAAUAAUAUGAUUUAUAUAAUGAAAAUAUAACCCAAAUUAUUUUUGAUGAUGUAUAAAAAUUGAUGCAUAAAUAUGUAAGUUAUGAAAAUUAAGGUGUUACAAAAAAUCCUACUUUAGUAAUUAAGAAUAGUAAAUUAAAUAGAACAUUUAAAUUAGUUAAUUCAUUACCUUGGCUUCAUAAUUUUAAUUAUGAUGAAUUUUAAGUAACACUUUACCCUUAAAAAUUUUAAUUCUAUCAUCCUUAAGGGUUACAUCCUAAAAUAAUAUGUAAAGUUGUUAAAUUUUUAAAAAUUCCUUAAGUAUUUUCAAAAAGACAUCAUUCAUUUUAUGAUAAUUAUGAAAAAUAAUAUGAUAAAUUAUAAGAAGAUUUUACUUUUAGAGUACCUUGUAUAAUUACAAUAGAGAAAUUUUAAGAAAUUUCAAGUUUUUAUAUUUAUAUUUAUUUUCCUCAAUUUUGCAGAAGAUUUAUUACAAAAUUACAUUUUGAUGAUAUAUUAAUAAAUUAAGAUUUCAAUUUAAAAUUAAAUUUUUAAUUUAAAGAAUAAUUAAGAAUUCAUAGAAGUGAAAAAUUAUGGUAAAGUUUAAUAGAAUCAUUUAAAAUUGUAAUUAAUGAUUAAAAAAAAUUAAUUUUGUAAAUUAAAAAAUUUAAAUUGUCUUGUAUAUUAUAAGAAGUAGUAUAUUAAAAAAUAAAAUAAAUUGAAAAGAGUUAAGAAUCAAUUCUAUUUAUUGUUAAUAUUGAAAAAAAGAUUGAAUAAGAUCCAGAAUAACUUUUGAUUCAUUAUCCAUUUGAAAGAAUGAAAUUACAAGAAGCUAAGAAUUAUAGUAUGUUUCUAAAAUUAUAAUGGCUAAAUCAAUAUGAUAAUAUUUAAUCUUAUAGAUUACCAUUAUAUGAAUUAAUGAUUGGUUAUUUUGAAAAAACAAUAAAAGGUUUUAAUAUGUUUGAUUAUAAAUUUAAAUUGGUAGAUUUGAUAAGAAUGUGUUAAAUUUCAGUUGAAAAUAUUAUUAUGAAUUUUUCUAUGAAUUAAACAAUUAAUUACAAUAAUACAUUAGAUUAAUUGAUGCCCUAAUAACUUACUUACAAUAUUAAUCAAACUAUUAAAUUAAAUAUCAAUUUAAAAACCAUAUAAGUAGAUAAAUCAAUAUAUAAAUUAUUGUAUAGAGGAGUAUUAUUGAGAAAACCAUCAAUUUUAGUAGGUAUAUACUAAAAGUUACAUAAACAAUAAUUAUAUUUUUAUAUAUAAAGAGCAAAAGAUUGUGAAUCAUUUAUUCAUAAAAUAAGAUUUUAAGAGAUAGAAAAUAUUUAUCCAGGAUUUUAAUUGAAUUUAUAAAUUAAUUAAAGAUCAAUUGGUCCUAAUAUUUUUAAAAUACUUAAAAAUAGAUUGAUUGUCUAAAGUUAUUAUCAAUUAAAUUGA